UCUUCCUGGAGAGGCAGCCAUGGCUGUUUCUGGGGAUCCCGUCCGGGAUCUCUGCGAGGAAGCCACUUGCUCCAUCUGCCUGGGUUAUUUCAAGGAUCCAGUGAUCAUCCCGGAGUGCGGGCACAACUUCUGCCGAUCCUGCCUGAUCCAGUGCUGGGAGAAAUCCGAGGGACAGGCUUCCUGCCCUCAGUGCAGGGAAACGGUUGAGCAAAGCAGCAUCAGGCGAAACCAGCAGCUGGCAAAUUUUGUGGAAAUAGCCAAGAAAUUUAGUUAUCUGGACGGGAAAAAGGAGGCCGAAGGAAAGGGCAGAAUGUGCGAGAAGCACCAGGAACCCCUGAAGCUGUUCUGCAAGGAGAAUGGAAGCCCCAUCUGUGUUGUGUGUAAUGUAUCCAAGGAGCACAAAAGUCACGAGGUCAUUCCUCUGGAGGAGGCGUCCCAGGAAUACAAGGAUCAGAUCAGCAGCUGCCUAGACAAUGUGAGGAAGGAGAGAGAGAGAAUUCUAGUACUUAAAGCAGACACAGAAAAGGAAAGCCAAGACCUGCUUAAACAAACAGAUGCAGAGAGGAAAAAGAUGGUGGCUGAGUUCAGGCAACUGCGCCGGUUUCUGGAAAAACAAGAGAAGCUUCUUCUAGCCCAGAUGGCGGAAGUGAAGAAGGAGAUUGCAGCUAAAAGGGAGCAGCACCUAGCCAGACUCUCCGGGGAACUCUCCUCUCUUGACAGCCUCAUCCGGGAGAUGGAGGAGAAGCUUCAGGAACCAGCCAGUGAACUCCUGCAGGAUAUUGGAAGCUUUUUGCAAAGGUCUCAGGCAAAGCAGAACUUAGAGGAUCCUCCUGUGGCUUUUCCUCCUGCCCUGAAGUGGAGGAUCUGGGACUUUUAUGAUAUAAAUCCCUUCCUGAAGGGUGUCAUGAAGCAGUUCAGAGGUAAUGAAGAAGGGCUGAAAAUAUUUUAUACUGGACAUUUAAAAUUGUUUAUGAAAGACACUCUGGAAUUUGGACUUCAGCUGCAACAAGAAAACGUAACUUUGGAUCCAGACACAGCAAAUCCCUGGCUCAUCCUGUCUGAGGAUCGAAAGAGUGUGAGAAGGGGGAAAGUGCGUCAAGACCUGCCAGACAACCCUGAGAGAUUUGACACAUAUGGCUAUGUGCUGGGAUGUGAGGCAGCAGCAGCCACGGCUGCUUCUGAGGAUCCCGUGCAGGAUCUCUUCCAGGAAGCCACUUGCCCCAUCUGCCUGGAUUGUUUCAGGGAUCCAGUGAUCAUCCCGGAGUGCGGGCACAACUUCUGCCGAUCCUGCCUGAUCCAGUGCUGGGAGACAUCCGAGGGAGAGGUUUCCUGCCCUCAGUGCAGAAAAAUCAUUCAGCACAGGAAUCUCAUCCCCAAUCGGCCGCUGGCAAAUGUUGUGGAAAAACUUACAGCCGGGAAACUCCAAGGUGAAAAGGGGUCUAAAGGAAAGGGGAAGGUCUGCAAGAAGCACAAGGAGCCUCAUAAGCUCUUCUGCAAGGAGGACGAAAGCCCCAUCUGUGUCGUGUGUAAUGUAUCCAGGAAGCACAAAAGCCACGAGGUGGUUCCUCUAGAGGAGGCGUCUCAGGAGUACAAGAAUCAGAUCAGCAGCUGCCUACACAAUGUGAGGAAGGAAAGAGAGAGAAUUCUAGAAUUUAAAGCAAACGCAGAAAAAGAAAGUCAAGACCUGCUUAAACAAACAGAUGCAGAGAGGAAAAAGAUGGUGGCUGAGUUCAGGCGACUGCGCCAGUUUCUGGAAGAACAAGAGAAACGUAUUCUGACCCAGAUGGCAGAUAUAAAGAAGGAGAUUGCAGCUAAAAGGAAGGAGCACCUGGCCAGACUCUCCGGGGAACUCUCCUCUCUUGACAGCCUCAUCCGGGAGAUGGAGGAGAAGCUUCAGGAACCAGCCAGUGAACUCCUGCAGGAUAUCGGAAGCUUCUUGCACAGGUCUCAGGCGAAGGAGAACUUAGAGGAUCCUCCUGUGGCUUUUCCUCCUGCCCUGAAGUGGAGGAUCUGGGACUUCAGUGAUAUGAGUCCCUUCCUGGAGGGUGUCAUGAAGCAGUUCAGUGACACUGUGGAAUAUGGACGUCAGCUGCAAAAAGAAAACGUAACUUUGGAUCCAGACACAGCAAAUCCUAUCCUUAUCCUGUCUGAGGAUCGAAAGAGUGUGAGAAGGGGGAAAGUGCGUCAAGCCCUGCCAGACAACCCUGAGAGAUUUGACUCACAUGGCGAUGUGCUGGGAUGUGAGGCAUUUAAGGAAGGCAGACAUUUCUGGGAGGUCACUGUGGGAAGAGAGGAGGGGUGGGGGGUGGGGGUUGCCAGAAAGUCUGUGAAGAGGAAAGGCGAAUUAAAUGUUGAUCCUACAGACGGGAUCUGGGGUAUGGGGAAGUGGGACGGUGGGUACAAGUUAUGCUCCCCCCAUGAAGAGCCCAAGAGGAUCCGAGUGACCCUGAACUGUGAAGGGGGACGGGUGUCCUUUUACGAUGCAGAUACAGCAGCCCUCCUCCACUCAUUCUCAGAAGCCUCCUUCUCAGGAGAGUCCCUCCAGCCCUACUUUUACGUGACGGAUAAAGGGAACCUGAGCCUCUCUUGACUGAGGGCGCAGACAGACAAGCGUAUAUUCAUUGCCAAUUAAGACAUAUUCAGUCUCCUUCAGGACUGAGCAGACAGGCACUUAAGGAGAAACCAUAUUUGCAGAACUGUGAUUGGCCAUCCCUUGUGUCAAUCAUGAUGCAACUCUCCCUUCUGGGGACAGAUUGUAAAUGACACUGAUUGAUUGGGUCCCCUGUCAGUCCCCAAACUUGUCUGUUCUCUCUUGCUUGGGAAUUGUCUAUUUCUGUCAGUGCAGGACGUGCAAAGGGGAAAAGAAGCAAGAAAAUGAUUUAGGAAACGGCAGCAAACCCCCCCCCCCACAUUCCUGUUUCGAUGUAGUUCUCUCUCCAACCUCCAACUCUGACUUAAGAUUUCUAGAGAUAAUAACAUCAUCUUUCCUGAAUAAAAUCAGAAUUAUGCACAGGCUUCACUUAAAACCUUCCUCAGCCUCAGUCCUGCUCUCAGAUUCCAUUUUCCUUCGCCAAAACCUCCACUGGCCAGGAAGAUGGAAGUUCCAAAAUCCCUUUUUUUGCUACUACUCAGGGAAGCUUAUCUCGCAAGAGUCUCCAGAGCCCAGCCUUUGGCAGUGGGGGAAAGAGUUUCUAAGUCUACCUUGCUCGCAUGCCUUUAGAAAGGUUGCAUAAAGCUCUCAAGAUCUCUGGCUUCAGACAAGUAGGGAUGGUUGCUUGGGGGGCAUUUUCCGGGGUCGAUUGCCUUUGCAUGCUGACCCCAGGAACAUAACUCCCACGUAGGUUUUGGGCCUCUAUGUAACAAAAUCCCCUCUGACAGUGAAGAGCCUCUGUCAGAAGUUCUGAGGAGAGAACAGAGAGAAUCUAGAGGAUUUCAGGGGGGACAGUAAAUUCCCAUGUAUACAAUUAUUUUCUCCAAGAUGCUUUGUAGUGAACAGUCAGAUGCUUAUCUGUAUUUUUAGAGAUCCCCUCUUCUUACAUUUUUGUAUAACAGGCCUGAAAGAAUUUGGGGGUAUGUUUCAUGCGAUAACAUGUUUGAUUCUAUUAAAAAUUGUCCUUCAGCAUAAUAUCCAUUCCCCAUGAUGUUUCCUCCAGGGAUUUUAGGAGGGUGAUAUCCUGUUUUAUCCUGAGAGAAACCCUGUGAGGUAGAAGAGGCUGAGCUGAGAGACUUAGAAAAAGGAAGCACUUUAAAGUUUAUGGUCAAAAGGAAUUUGAACCUGAGCCUUGUAAUCCCAAGUCCUACACACUCUGCAGUCAGAAUGUGAAAUCUUA